AUGCUGCGGUCAGGGUCCGCGCAGUGCUGGGCGGCCGCCGCGGGCCGUUGGGGUUGCAGGCUGCUAGCGUUGCUGCUGGUGGUGCCGGGGCCCGGCGGAGCUUCCGAGAUCACCUUCGAGCUGCCGGACAACGCCAAACAGUGCUUCUACGAGGACAUCAUAGUGGGCACGAAGUGCACCCUCGAGUUCCAGGUGAUUACUGGAGGUCACUAUGAUGUAGAUUGUCGGUUAGAAGAUCCUGAUGGUAAUGUGUUAUACAAAGAGAUGAAGAAACAAUAUGAUAGUUUUACCUUCACAGCCUCCAAAAAUGGGACAUACAAAUUUUGCUUCAGCAAUGAAUUUUCUACGUUCACGCAUAAAACUGUGUAUUUUGAUUUUCAAGUUGGAGAAGACCCACCUUUGUUUCCUAGUGAGAACCGAGUCAGUGCUCUUACCCAGAUGGAAUCUGCCUGUGUUUCAAUUCAUGAAGCUCUGAAGUCUGUCAUCGACUAUCAGACUCAUUUCCGAUUGAGAGAAGCUCAAGGCCGGAGCCGAGCAGAGGAUCUAAAUACAAGAGUGGCCUAUUGGUCAGUAGGAGAGGCCCUCAUUCUUCUGGUGGUUAGCAUAGGGCAGGUUUUUCUUCUGAAAAGCUUUUUCUCAGAUAAAAGAACCACCACAACUCGUGUUGGAUCAUAACUACGUUUUGAAAAUUGCAUUAUUGCCACUGUAAUAUUGCUGUCCUCUAAUUGAUUUUAGAUACCGAAGAACUUAAUAUUGGCAACGUUUUUUAAAUCUUAACUCAUAUACUUUUGGGGGGGGCACAUAUGAUGUAAAUCCCCAAACUGGAAAGGACACUUGGUUGUUUUUGGGUUUUUUUGUAAAGGUGGAAAAACUUAGAAACUUAUUUUGGGCUAUUCAUGUUAAAUAUUUGACACCAAUGUUCUGCUCUUUUCUUGGUUGUUUAUAUCUAUUAAAUGUUGGUAUUUUGAUUCUUUUUAGUCAUUUAAAAGUACUUUUUCUUAUAGGUAGUUGAUAUUUUAAAAACUUUAGAUUUAAAGUCUAUAUAUAUGUUGUGGAGGAAGAAACUUGCCCUUUAAUUGUUAAUAGUGAAUAAAUUUUUUUGUUCUAAGAAAACCAGAUUUGACUAACCAUAGCUCAAACCCUGUUCUGCACUGUUUGAUUUUGGGGGGAAAGAAGGAAAAAAAAAUUCUACCAUAGAAAUGUUAGUUAAUAU